ACAUGCUCACUAAACCAUACGCACAUACAAGCUUCCCACAUGCACUGGCAGGAAGCCUAGCCUCUGUUAUCACUUACAGGACAGCAGAGAUGCAAAACAGAAAAUUUCACCAGUGGAGGACACCUUCAUUUACUGAAAACAAGAAGCAAUGAGCGGUCCAAAGACAAGAAACCUGUAAAAACUCUGGACUAGACUGUGGAUGGCGACAUGGCUGACCUUAUACAUGGACUACUCAUCUGUCUGAUGGCAGUGGACACCAUUCAACAUGACGGAAAUAAAACAAAGAUAUCAACCAAUAAUUCAACUGAACUGAGGCCAAAAACCUUCAAGGCAAGCACAAACAAAUCCAAUCACACAAAAACCCAGCGGGUGACUCCACUGGAUUCCAGCACAACCCCGUCACUAGAUGUGAGCCCAGAGGAUCCUGCAACAGCCUAUGCCACCGGUUCCUUCAGUACUUGGGUCAUACCUUCAUCAUACAUUCUGGCCAUGCUGGUAGGCAUCCCCUCCAACGCCUACAUUCUGGCAUUUCUACGAGUCAAGAUCAAGGCGAAGUCCUUGUCCACGGUGGUCCUUUACCUGAACCUGGCUUUGUCUGACCUGCUGCUCCUGCUUUCUCUGGCACUGCGUGUUCACUAUCACUUCAAUAGAAACAACUGGAUAUUUGGGGAAUACUCCUGUCGGCUGAUCACUGCUUUGUUUUAUGGCAAUGUUUACUGUUCCUCUCAGACUAUUGCAUGUAUCAGUCUCAAACGCUACCUGGCAGUGGUCAAGCCGUUCUUAUACAGACAGCUGGCUAAGACUUCCCUUUCAACGUGGACUUGCCUUAUUGUAUGGUUCCUGUUUGGGGCCACUAUUGUUCCCGAACUUGUGGUCAAGCAAACCUACCCGGUUCCUAACCUGGGAAUCACCACCUGCCAUGACAUACUUCCACUAGAUGAGAAAUCCCAUUCCCUGUUGGUGCCAUACAGACUGAUACUGGUGUGUCUGGGAUUCAUUGUUCCAUUCCUCAUCUGUAUCUACGCCCAUGUGGCCGUCAUAUACCACCUAGGGCAAUCAGGUUGUGACUGGAGACCAUUUAUCAGGGUUAGCACUCUGGUUUUCAUCAUCUUUGUGUUAUGCUUCUCACCCAGUGGCAUUUUGCACAUGUCUCACUACAUUCACCUAAUUUCCAGUGGAGACGACAGACUGUACGGAUACUACAGAGUGGCAGUGUGUCUCUGCUGCUUCCACAGUUGUCUGGAUCCCUUCCUGUGUAUCCUUAUGUCCAAAACGACAGCCUCUGAUCUACAAUUUAUUUCUCUCCGUGGGAUAACGCCAAGACCAGCAUUAAUGAUGUGAGACUGUUUGUUUGAGCACAAAAUAACUUAUCUCACUGCUGAACUAUUGUUGGGAUACAGCUGGGAAGCACAAGUUCAAAAAAGCAGAUGUGAAAGUUAAACAUGGACACUCUUACAAAGGUCAAAUGAGCAUUUCCAUUAGGGUUUUCUGUAUCAUAGUACAGUAUCAAAAAAGGUUAUAAUUAGAUUGUGGAAAUUUGACAACUUAGAAGCAAACCGUGAAGAGCUAAAAAUGUAACACUGGAAAAUUGUCUAACAAUUUUGUUCAUUAAUAUGUAAAGUAUGAACACUUUUCCAAGCUCUACACCAUAAAUUAAGCCAUAGGGGCUAAAAAUGAGAAAAAUGUAACAAAAUGAAUAAACCUACACAUCAGUUUAUUC